AUGGCCUCAAAUGCACUGGCAACCCAGUUUCAAGGCCAUCUAAACGAGUUCCAGAUCUCCCUCGAGCCCAGCGCGCUUAAUUACCUUACAUCUAUGCUCGCCGUCAUGUCUAUGUCCGAUAAAGCCAAGGACAUACGAGAUGCCACGGAGAUGUUUCUUGAGGAGGCUGAUGUGGACCCCGAGAAGAUCAACCAGUUUUAUGCGACCUUUGGCCAGGGAUGUAUGAAGACAUCUUCAGGGUCUUUAACGUCGGUGUCAGGGUCUACUACCUCUGCGGAGAAUGCUCUGCCACUAGACCCACCGAAACCUAUGUCGGCUAUUGAGGCCCGCCGCAUGAAACGCGCGCAAAAGAAGGCCGCCGCUGUUGCCUCCCCAUCGCCGUCCACAGAAACAGAGCCUAAGAUAGUAGCAACAGCCCAACAAAGCCGGUUCCACCGCGAGACGCUCGUGACAUCGUCCAAAGACAUCGACAUGCAGACUGUCAACAUCACCGUCAACAACCUCGACAUCCUCGUCGAUGCGCAUUUGCGUCUCAAGGAAGGCGUACGGUACGGUCUCGUAGGGCAGAAUGGCGUCGGAAAGACGAUGUUGAUGAGAUGCAUGGCGGAUAAUAUUCUUGCUAUGCCAAGCAAUCUCAAUAUCCUCCACAUCGCGCAGCUAGAGAUAUUUGACGAGUCCACCACCGUGUUGAACGAAGUACUCGAAGCAGACAAGGCUUGCACGAACGCUUUGCGAGAAUACGAAGUCUUACACGCAAUCUUCGGAGACACACCUCAGUCCACCUCGUCAAACACUGCCCAGCUGAAUAUUGCUCUUCACAACAUCUUCAUUUCUCGAAUGCAGACCCGCGUGAUCGCCGCGCAGCAACUCGCACUGAAGCGCUCGGGCGCACGUGGAUAUGAUGCCCGUCAGGCACAGGUCGCGAUAGAAAUCGAGUUCACUGCGCUGAAGGCCCAGGACCCGCAGGUCUACAUCUCACCUGACAUGGCGAACGACCUGAUCACGGACGUGUUUGACAAAUUCGCGCUGAUUGAUCUGGAUGCGCGGAAAGCAAAUGCGAGAAAAAUCCUGCGAGGUCUUGGAUUUGAGGAGGCCCAAGUCGAGGCCAGGGUACAAACCUUGAGCGGUGGAUGGCGGAUGCAGAUUGCGCUUGCGAAAGCGCUGUUUGUGGGCCCUGACAUCCUCCUGCUAGACGAACCAAGUAUGUCGUUUUCUAUCAUAGACAUCCACCUAUUCAUGUGCACAGCAAACCAUCUUGACCUGCCUGCGAUCCUCUGGCUACAAGAAUACCUGAUGAACGAAACAGCGGGACUGACGUUAGUGGUCGUGUCGCACGACCGGGCGUUUCUGAACGCGGUGACGACUGAGACGAUCAUUCUGCGGGACAAGAUACUGAAAUACCAUGCGGGUUCAUUCGCAGACUACGAGAGCACGAGUGAGGAGCAACGAGUACGGAAGCAGGCGUUGCUAGACUUACAGGCAAAGAAACGGGCGAAGAUCGCAGCAAGCAUCCAGCACGAUGUGCAACAGGCGCGAGCGACCGGGGAUGACAAACGGCUUGGGCAAGUGACGAGCCGGAAGAAGAAGCUUGAGCGUCUCGGAAUGGAGAAGAUGGAGGAUGGAAAGCGCUUCAAAGUGUCGUACUGGGCCGGGUACCACACGGGAGUACGUGCGGAGAUUGAGAUUGAGAAAGCCAUAAGGACCACGGCCAUCAAAAUCCCAGAUCCUCCUCCGUUGCGGUACCACGGGUCCGUGUUCACCGUGAAGAAUGCGUCAUUUCGCUACCCCACUUCGGAUAAAGACGUUCUUAUAGACGUCAGCCUCGAUGUGGGUCCGCAUGCUCGCAUAGCACUGCUCGGCCCGAACGGGUGCGGGAAGACGACCCUACUGAACAUGAUGGUGGGUGUGACGCAGCCGACAGUCGGGGAGGUAUAUCGACACCCUUCGCUGCGCAUCGGCUACUUCUCGCAGCAUGCGGUCGACCAACUCACGCUCACACGCACACCCAUCGAAGAGAUGCGCUCUCGAUACCCAGGGCUUUCAGAACAGGAGUGCCGGGCUCACUUUGGCACUGUCGGCGUGAGUGGGAAUACCGUUCUGCGGAAGAUCGCAGACCUCAGUGGAGGACAGCGGAACCGCAUUGCGCUUGCGAUGAUUCUGUACGAUGCACCGCAUGUGCUCGUACUUGAUGAGAUUACGAAUCAUUUGGAUAUGGGCACUGUGGAUAGGCUGGUGGAGGCGCUGGAGGGCUUUGAGGGAGCGUUGGUGUUGGUGAGCCAUGACGUGUGGUUUAUGAAACAACUGAUGGAGGCAGAGGACGACAACGAAGAUGAAAGUGAUGUGAAGGAAGAGAGGACGUUUUACGUCGUUCGGAAUGGUGCUGUGAAGCGCUGGGAGAAAGAUAUGGAUGGAUAUGUUGAGGCGGUCAUGAAGAAGGUCAAAAAAUGA